AUGCAUUUUUCGUCUCCCAAAAUGGUUUGCGAGACUAAAAUUGUUGCGGACGAACACGAUGCUAUACCUGGGACCAAAAAAGAGUCGAUCAUGUGGAGCUCUCCUCCGUCCAGCGCGGCUCUGAACCCCAGCGAGGCCAAGGAUGUGAGGAAAGAUGCGGUUUUUAUCCGCGAGUUCGAGCGCGGGGAUCAAGAGGAGGUGCGCCGCAUCUUUUACGAGGGUAUUAUGGAGAGGAUACCCAACACGGCGUUUAGGGGGCUCAGGCAGCAGCCCAAGACCCAGUUUUUAUAUGCUCUGCUGACAGUAAUGUGCUUUUUCGUGACCAAAUCCGUCACGCUGACCUGCUGUGCACCCCUCAUUCUCAUGGGUGCGCGCUACUACUACAGCAGGAAAGUUAUCCAGAGUUAUCUGGACUGUGCUCUGCACACGGACAUGGAUGACAUAGAGGCUUAUUACAUGAAACCCACAGGCUCCUGUUUCUGGGUGGCAGUGCUCGACGGACGUGUGGUGGGCAUCGUGGCGGCACAGGGCCGUGAGGAUGACAACACGGUCGAGCUGCGACGCAUGUCGGUGGACUCGCACUACCGCGGCAAAGGCAUCGCAAAGGCACUGGGUCGUCGUGUUCUGGAGUUUGCCGUGCGCAACAACUACGCCGCUGUAGUCCUCGGCACAACGGCUGUCAAAUUGGCCGCUCACAAGCUGUACGAGUCGCUGGGAUUCCGCCGAACAGGCCAGAGCGAGGACUACAGGCUCCCUGGAAUGAGCCGCUCGCCGCUGGAGAGGCUCUUCUUCCAGAUCCGCUACAGCCGCUACCGCCUGCAGCUCCGCGAGGAGUGA